AUGCCUCCGCGGCUGCCAUUGACGGCUCGUCACCUGCAAGCAGCAAUCAAAGAGCCCUACAUCUGCUCCUCAUGUCUCGCGAAAAGCGCCACAUGGAAUGGAGCGCGAGGCAUCGCGCGAACGAGCAGACAGCGAGAGGACCGGGACGUGCAAGCUAAACGCACGACUCCUCUACGCCCACGACUCUCCACUACGACUUUCCGCGUACCUAAGACGGCAUCCAUCAGAAACUACGCAACCAACGACUCCCUAGCAUCCACCACAGCCGUCAACGCGCCCACCACCGUCCCCGAACCCUAUCGAGACCUGUACAAUGCCCUACUCGCUUUACAAGAGCAAGCCAGCAGCUACGUGGAUCUCUCUAGACUGCAACUAGCCACACGGAGUCUUGAGUCCAACAAUGCCGUGAUAAGAGUUGCCCUCCUCGGGCUGGGAAGCAAAGGCGCGCUCGCGGCGCGGAGAUUGGCUGGGGUUUUGCUCAGCGAUAUCCUUUCGGACGACGAGCCGUGGCAACGGGAGAUACUCGAAGGCAUUGAAGAUGGCAGGAGCUUGCUGUUGCGCUAUGGCGAUGCGGAGGAUGUGCCGCGGAGUAAUGCGUUGGUGCGCACGAUGCAUAUCCCUUCUCCGUUCUUGAGGACGCACAAUAUGGAGAUCUUGAUCACGGGGUUCAGCCCCGGUGCUGGAGACGUACCUAGCAGCGAUGUCGCGGCGUUGGAGGACGCGUUACUUGUCCCUCCGUUGACUACGCCCAAUUCAGCGGGCGGAAGGGUUGCGUUCGUUCGGUAUCCCGUGCACAAAGCGGUGUUGGUUGUUGAUGGCAUCGCUGGCGCGGUGGAGUACGGACGGUUUCCCGUUGACUUGACGGAGGGACCUUUCAUCAACGCUGCUAUUUGCGUUUCUGCGCCUCCCACUCCGUCCGAAGGUGGCGUCCCUGGAGGCAGGACGGUGGAUGUGGAUCUUGCUAAUCAAGCUCUCGAACACUUCCGCUCGCACAAGGCAGAAGGCGCGCAGCACCUCCAGGAACUGGAUAGAAGUGGCGUUCCUGCUCUGGGCGAAUGGAUGGCUUCUACCAACCCAAACAGCCCCGCGGACAAAUCUCGAAGCACUACGGACCUCAACCCAGCUGUCGGGAACUUGAUAUCGUCGAUAUUGGCCAACGCUUCUACUUCCAUUGCUGUAUCUGAAGACAGCGAGCGAACUCUGGCAACCGCCAACACUGUGUCGGAGCAUCAGCGGAAAGCUCUGCAAGGAGCCAUUUCCAGAUGGUCUGCAGAAGCCCACAGCGAUUUGCAACGCAACCUCGACACUGCGCUCCACGACUCAAAUGCAUGGCGAAGGACGGUAUGGUGGCGGCUGUUCUGGCGCAUAGACGACGUCACCGUCUCUGCAUCCGAUAUCAUACGGUCCAGCUGGCUCACAGAGUCAGAGCAGCGCCUCGCCUUUCUCAGCGGACGAAUAUUUGACGCAGGUUUGGCGACAGAGGCGCAGCUCAUCGGCACUCCUGUCGCUGCGAAUCACGAGGACGCACAAUCUGCAAAGCCAGAUGUGACAGCAGAAGCGGGCACCGCACGACUCAAAGCAGCAGCCGAGCUCGAACGAGCAGGAAGACUACUUACCCGUCUUCAACUCCAACCCCCACCAAUCCCCCUCACCCGCGGGCCCUGGCCACAAGCCAUCAACUUCAGCCGCGCGUACAUGCUACACGCCCUCGUCCCAGCCUUACACCGCAAAGCGCAAACUCUCCUGGUCUCCGCCCUCACCACCAUCGGGGGCUCCGCAGCUCUCAGCGCAUGGCUCUUCGUCGCCACCGCCGGUGUCUACGAGGCAGGAGCCGUGUUUGCUUUGGGCUUUGUGUGGAGUUUGCGUCGCCUGCAGAAGAAGUGGGAGGGGGAGAGGGAGGGGUUUGCUGCUAUUGUGCGGGAGGAUGCGAGGAGGGUUCUGAUGGAGGUUGAGGAGGCGUUGAGGGGGAUUGUGGAUGGGGGUGGGAGGGUGAGGGUGAGGGGUGAGGAUGAGAGGAGUUGGAGGGAGGCUCGGGGGGCUGUGGAGAGGUGUCAGGCUGCGCUGGAGAAGAUCAAGGCUGAGAGGUGA